UCAAAAUCCUCCGGCAUCUCGCGACCUCCGGGCAUCUCGGCGCUCACAGAACACACCAACCCAGGAGCUGACUCGAUCUCCAGAUUCAGACGGAGCCGGCGAUGCAGCACCAUGGAGGCGCGCAAGGGUUCACCGAGCUGCUUCUCAGCAUGGGGUUUCCAGGUGUAGAUUCGGGAUGGAUCGAAAGAGAAGAGGUAAUCCCGGCGGAAUUCCGCUUGUACACGGAAACCCGGAGCGGUGAGUCAAACAGCUCCGGGAGCGGCAGUGGCGGCGGCGGCUCCGGCGAGCUAUAUGACGGACUGGACGGAGGUUCCAGGGCAUCGACGGAAGACGGCGCUCCCAGCUGCACAGAUUCGCCGAGAUCCCCGGAGCCAUGGGGCAACAUGGGUUGUGAUUUUGUUCCAGAAGAGUUGGAGGGAGAUUUUCCACCUGGUCUAUACACCGAAAUAAACGUGUCAACACAAACGGUGAUUAGCUCAUCUGAUGGGGAGGAUCUGAAUACACAUGAGGAUUAUUGCUCAGAGAGGCCACAAGACACUCAGACAUCGAAGAAGAGGCCACUCGUGAUCGAUAUAGAUGAAGAAUUGCCUGGUGGCCCUUCAGACAACGCAGCCGAGAAGCCUUCAGUCGCGCAUACAUGGGAGAAGAGGCCCCGGGUCGGAAAGAUUCCUGACUUUCGAACAUCAACAAAUGGCAGGAAAAGUGCUCUUGAAUCAAAACUAAGGAAAUUCGGCGACAGGAAAUCAGACGCGGUCGUCACUCCUGUGUCAGGGUUGGAGUUUGAUUCACUAGCAGAGGCAUUUGACUUCUACAACCUAUAUUCCUGGGAGGUUGGGUUUGGAAUCAGAUACGGGACGUCGCGGAAGAAUAUAGUAAAGAGCUUGACAAUGCAGGAAAUCCUAUGCGGCUGCGCGGGGUCACCAAGGCACGACAAGACAAGGUCAAUGGCCUGUGGAUGUCAAGCCAUGAUCAGACUUCAGCAAGAGCGAAGCCUGGAUACGAGGUGAGUGUGCCAAGGACUCGCUUCUGCUCUGUGUGCCGCAGCAGGCAUCACAAUGCUGGGACUUGCCCCUCGGUGGAGAGGAGCUCUAAGAAGCCUAGGCGAGAGGCACAGUGCUCCAACUGUGGAGUAGUUGGUCAUAAGAAGAAUGUGUGUAUAUCAAAGGGGUAUACGGUGACGAACUGGUGAGUUUAAUCACUGGUUUCUAGUUCAGCCUAACACACCUCGUGUUAACUGAUUUUUUUUUACGCGAUCCAAUCAUAAAGGAGGUAUUAUUCAUUGGCUCGCUGGACCUAUUUUUUGUAAUAGGCAGUACAGAUGGCGGGUGUUCUGUCAACCAUUGAGAUGGGUCUGGUUCAUUUUUUCUGUGCAUGUAACACUACACAGAGGUGGGUUUGUACCUUUGGGCAGUUACCCCAUUUUUUUGAAUGAAGCAAUGCAUGCUGAUUUGUUACCCAGGGAAUGACGAGGUUCUAGUAGGUUGGUUUUGGUCAGUUUAACCUGAAUAAUUAGUGACUAGGAGAUGUUUUGCUUGGUACAGCCUAUAUGAAGCGAGUUUACUUUGUUAA